AUGCUCAAUUUCACAGAUGUGACAGAAUUCAUUCUUUUGGGAUUAACCAGUCAUCGGGAAUGGCAAGUUCUCUUCUUCAUAAUAUUUCUUGUUGUCUACAUUAUCACCCUGAUGGGCAAUAUCAGCAUGAUCAUGUUAAUUAAAGUCAGUCCACAGCUUAACAGCCCCAUGUACUUUUUUCUCAGUCAUCUGUCAUUUGUUGAUGUGUGGUUUUCUUCCAAUGUCACCCCUAAAAUGUUGGAAAACCUGUUAUCAGAGACUAAAACAAUUUCUUAUGCUGGUUGUUUAGUACAGUGUUUCUUCUUCAUUGCCCUUGUCCAUGUGGAAAUUUUUAUUCUUGCUGUAAUGGCCUUUGAUAGAUACAUGGCAAUUGGGAACCCUCUGCUUUAUGGGAGCAAAAUGUCAAGGGUUGUCUGUAUUCGACUAAUCUCUUUCCCUUACAUAUAUGGGUUUCUGACGAGUCUGGCAGCAACAUUAUGGACUUAUGGCUUGUACUUUUGUGGGAAAAUUGAGAUCAACCACUUCUACUGUGCAGACCCACCUCUCAUCAAAAUGGCCUGCGCUGGGACUUUUGUAAAAGAAUAUACAAUGAUCAUACUUGCAGGUAUUAACUUCACAUAUUCCCUGACUGUAAUUAUCAUCUCUUAUCUCUUCAUUCUUGUUGCCAUUUUACGGAUGCACUCAGUGGAAGGGAGGCGGAAGGCCUUUUCCACCUGUGGGUCCCAUCUGACAGCUGUCAUCAUAUUUUAUGGGACUCUGAUCUUUAUGUAUCUCAGACGUCCCACAGAGGACUCCGUGGAGCAGGGGAAGAUGGUAGCCGUGUUCUAUACCACUGUGAUCCCCAUGCUGAAUCCCAUGAUCUACACUCUGAGGAACAAAGACGUGAAAGAAGCCAUGAACAAAGUGAUCAGCAGAACGUGUUCGACAAAAUAA